AUGGACAGGCCAGAGGCUCCCUGCUCCAGCGUGCAGCCCCGCGCCGCCGCCGCCCGCGAGCUGCUGCUGGCCGCGCUCGAGGACCUGAGCCAGGAGCAGCUGAAGCGCUUCCGCCACAAGCUGCGGGACGCGCCGGUGGACGGCCGCAGCAUCCCGUGGGGGCGCUUGGAGCGUGCGGACGCCGUGGACCUCGCCGACCAGCUGACACAGUUCUACGGCCCGGAGCCCGCGCUGGACGUGGCCCGCAAGACCCUGAAGAGGGCGGACGCGCGCGACAUCGCGGCCUGGCUGAAGGAGCAGCGGCUGCAGCGGCUCGGCCCCAGUUCCGCGGCGCUGCUCUCCGUGUCCGAGUACAAGCGGCGAUACCGGGAGCACGUGCUGCGGCAGCACGCCAAGGUGAAGGAGAGGAACGCGCGCUCCGUGAAGAUCACCAAGCGCUUCACCAAGCUGCUCAUCGCCGAGGGCGCCGCGCUGGAGUGCGAGGCCCCGGAGCCGGGCGGGGACGAGCCGCAGCCCGAGCGCGCCCGGCGCUCAGACACCCACACCUUCAACCGCCUCUUCAGCCGCGAUGAGGACGGCCAGCGGCCGCUGACCGUGGUGCUGCAGGGCCCCGCGGGCAUCGGCAAGACCAUGGCCGCCAAGAAAAUCUUGUACGACUGGGCGGCGGGCAAGCUCUACCAGGGCAAGGUGGACUUCGCCUUCUUCAUGCCCUGCGCGGAGCUGCUGGAGCGGCCCAGCCCCUGCAGCCUGGCCGACCUGGUCCUGGACCAGUGCCCGGACCGCAGCGCCCCCGUGCGGCAGAUGCUCAAGGCGCCCGAGCGGCUGCUCUUCAUCCUGGACGGCGCGGAUGAGCUGCCCGCGCCGGGGCCGGCCGAGGCUGCGCCCUGCACGGACCCCUUCGAGGCCGCGGGCGGCGCGCGCGUGCUGGGCGGCCUCCUGAGCAAGGUGCUGCUGCCCAAGGCCCGCCUGCUGGUGACCACGCGCGCCGCCGCCCCGGCCAGGCUGCAGGGCCGCCUGUGUUCCCCGCAGUGCGCGGAGGUGCGCGGCUUCUCUGACAAGGACAAGAAGAAGUACUUCUACAAGUUCUUCCAGGACGAGCACAGGGCGGAGCGUGCCUACCGCUUCGUGAAGGAGAACGAGACGCUGUUCGCGCUGUGCUUCGUGCCCUUCGUGUGCUGGAUCGUGUGCACGGUCCUGCGCCAGCAGCUCGAUCGCGGCCAGGACCUGUCGCGCACCUCCAAGACCACCACGUCCGUGUACCUGCUUUUCAUUGUCAGCGUCCUGAGCCCGGCGCCCGCCUCGGACGGGCCGCGGCUGCAAGGCGAGCUGCGCAAGCUGUGCCGUCUGGCCCGUGAAGGCGUUCUGGAGCGCAGGGCGCAUUUCGCGGAGAAAGAUCUGGAAAGACUGCAGCUUCGUGGCUCCAAGGUGCAGACGCUGUUUCUCAGCAAGAAAGAGCUACCAGGCGUGCUCCAGGCCGAGGUCACCUACCAGUUCAUCGACCAGAGCUUCCAGGAAUUCCUUGCUGCACUGUCCUACCUGCUGGAGGACGAGGGGCCUUCCAGGGCACCGGCGGGUGGGGUGCAAGAGCUUCUGCAGGGGGACCAGGAGCUGUGCCACCACCUUGCGCUCACGACGCGCUUCCUCUUCGGACUGCUGAGCGCUGAGCGGCUGCGAGACAUUGAGCGUCACUUCGGUUGCGUGGUUCCCGAGCGGGUGAAGCAGGACGUCCUGAAGUGGGUGCAGGACCAGGGCCAGCGGCGCCCGCGAGUGGCGCCUGAGGGGGCCGAGGAGACCAACUUGCCGGAGGGCACUAAGGAGUCAGAGUCGGACUCGGACUCGGGCUCAGACUCGGACUCCGAGGGGGAGGGGGAGGGGGAGGCGGAGGCGGAGGAGGAGGCGGAGGAGGAGGAGUUCAGCUUCCCGCUGGCGCUGCUGUACUGUCUGUACGAGACGCAGGAAAGCGCCUUCGUGCGCCAAGCCCUGCGGGGCCACCCUGCGCUGGCGCUGGAGCGCCUGCGCCUGAGCCGCUUGGACGUGGCUGUCCUGAGCUACUGCGUGCGGUGCUGCCCCGCUGGACAAGCGCUGCGGCUGACCAGCUGCGCACUGCCCGCCCCGCCGAAGAAGAAGAAGAAGAGCCUGGUCAAGCGCCUGCAGAACAGCCUGAGCGGCAGCUCCUCCCAGGGCACCACGCGGAAGCCGCAGGCCUCCCCGCUGCGUCCGUUCUGCGAGGCCCUGAUGGACCGGCAGUGCGGUCUGACCAGCCUGACGCUGUCCCGCUGCAAACUCCCGGACUGGGCGUGCCGCGACCUGGCCGAGGCCCUGAGGCAGGCGCCCGCCCUGGCCGAGCUGAACCUCCUCCACAAUGGGCUCAGCGAGGGGGGCCUGCGGGCGCUGAGCGAGGGCCUGGCCUGGCCCGGGUGCCGGGUGCAGACGCUCAGGCUGCAGCAGCCGGGCCUGCAGGACGGCCUCCAGCCCCUGGUGGGCCUGCUCCGGCACAGCCCCGCGCUGACCUCCCUGGACCUCAGCGGCUGCCGGCUGUCAGAGCCCAUGGUGACCUACCUGUGUGCGGUCCUGCAGCAUCCCGGGUGCCGCCUGCAGACCCUCAGCCUGACCUCCGUGGAGCUGAGCGCGCAGUCGCUGGAGGAGCUGCAGGCUGUGAGGACAGCAAAGCCAGGCCUGGUCAUCGCCCACCCGGCGCUGGACAGCCGCCCUGAGCCUGUCCACGGGUUCAGCACGGCUCUCUGA